CGUAGCCAUUGGCAAACAUUUGCCAGUGCAGUAUGUAUUGGACGAAGCCGGCAAGACAAUGAAAAUGAGUCCGGUGUCCAUUAGGUUCAUCGAAGGACAACGAAAGUCGGUGCAGCUGGUGUGUGGAAACUAUGCUUAUGCCAAGAACAACAAACACGGCGGCACCACCUACUGGAACUGUCGCAGCCGACGCCACGGGCAGGAGUCGUGCAAGGCUCGCCUCUCUACCAGACACCACUCGAACGGCCGGUUCAUAGUACAUCUCACCCAACCGAAGCACAAUCAUCCGCCCAGCAAGCGCAUUAAUCGAAUACUCAGCCAGAGUCUCUAAGAAUCUCUAGUAGACAGUAAGCCUAGAUCGUAAGCAGCAAAUAUAAAUGAGGCCCGCUUGAGGGCAAACAGCAUUAAA